AUGUCUCAAACAAUCAGCGAGUUCAUCUUCUUCAAGCUUAAGCUAUCCGUCCGGCCUGAAGACCCGAGUAACGAGGACGGCCAAAAGCUACUGACUAUAUUUCGCAACACCCAACACGAAAGCGGGCACCAAAGUUCCGCAUGGGGUCGUGCAGUUGAGGAUGAACAUACCAUGGUAUGGGCAAUAAAUUGGACCGACGCUCGUGGCUCCGCAAGCACGGAAGUCCUCACCCCAUACCUUGAACCAGAUUCUCAGCCGCCAACGGCAAUCUACGCAACUCUCAGCCCAUCCCUCUGCAGCGCCGAAGCACUAACCGACGGUCCAGUAACAGAGCUAUGCGCAUUACCAUUCGCGAGCUCGCUGUCCGUUCCUGAGAAAAAGCAGCUCAAUGCAGAUUUUAUCAAUUUCCGCAAAGCAUUGGUCGAGCAGCUACCAGAGGGGUCAGGCCCAAGGUCAUGGUCGAUGGGGCAUGUGGAUCGACCAAGUGUGGUACAACAUGCGAAAAGUCCAAGCGGGCAAGCAGUGCUCCAUUUCCUGGUCAUUGGAUGGGAGUCUGUUGAUGCGCACAAGAAAGCUACAGAGACGGAGCUGUUUGUCUCCACUAUCUCGCCUAUUCGUGAAAAGUUGUUGGGACCUAUCCCCGGGCUGGAGAUGAAGCAUGUCAGUUUUCAUAAGAUCAAGAAGUGA